AUGCAUAAAAAAGGAAAUAACGAGUACUUAAUACUACGGCCUGGAAAAGCAGUUAUUUUGCCAUCAUCUUUUCAGGGAAGUCCACGAAAUAUGGCCCAAAACUACCAUGAUGCUAUGGCCAUUGUUAGAAAAUAUGGAAAACCGGAUUACUUCAUCACCAUGACCUGCAACCCUAAAUGGCCUGAGAUAGUUGAUAACCUAUUAGAAGGUCAAGCAGUGGAGUUCAGACCAGAUUUGGUAGCAAGAGUUUUCAAUCUCAAAUUAAAUUCUCUUUUGCAUGAUAUCUUGAACAAACAUGUUCUUGGAAGUCCUUGCGCAAAAGUGCAUGUUAUAGAGUUUCAAAAAAGAGGACUACCACAUGCUCAUAUCCUUUUAAUAUUGAAAGCCGAAGACAAGCCAAAUGAUGCUGAAACCAUUGACACUUUUAUAUCAGCUGAAAUUCCUGAUGAUUAUCCCAGACUACAUGCUAUUGUAAUAAAGCAUAUGAUACACGGUCCAUGUGGAGAACAUAAUUUAAAUUCUCCGUGCAUGGUUGAUGGUAAUUGCAGCAAGAAUUUUCCUAAAAAAUUUCAAGAACAAACUUUAAUUAAUGUUGAUGGAUAUCCUCGAUAUCGGAGACGAAAAAAUGAGACCACAGUAAUUGUCAAAGGGAAAAAAAUUGACAACUCUUGGGUAGUUCCAUAUAGCCCAUACUUCUGCUUGAAAUACAACUGCCAUAUAAAUGUAGAGAGUUGUGUUUCUGUUAAAAGUGUUAAAUAUCUCUUCAAAUAUGUAUAUAAAGGUUACGAUUGUGCAAAUAUUUCCAUUAAGGAACAUUAUACACUACAGCAUGAUGAAAUUCAAAAUUUGUUGGACACAAGAUAUGUCAGUGCUCCUGAAGCUGUUUGGAGGUUGUAUGGUUUAUUGAUGCACCAUCAAACACAUACAAUAAUAAGACUUCAAGUUCAUCUUCCAGGCGAACAAGAUGUAUAUUUCCAUAAUGAUAACAUACAAUUAGCUGCAGAAAAGGCACAAGACCGGGAUACCACUUUGACAGCAUACUUUAAGUUGAAUGAUGAUACUCAUGCUGCACGGGAAUUUUUUUACUCUGACAUUCCUCAACAUUAUGUAUUUGAUGUAAAAACCUGUAAGUGGAAUCCAAGACAAAGAGGAGCAGAUACAACAAUUGGCCGAUUGUAUAAUGUAAAUAUUUCAUCAGAUUUGGAGAGAUUUUGUUUGAGGUUACUGCUCUUGCUCUUAAAAGGAGCAAAAUCCUUUAAGGACUUACGCACUGUUAAUGGACAAGUUUGUCACACAUUCAAAGAAGCUGCCCAAAAACUUUCACUUUUAGAUGACGACGCUACAUGGGAUCUUACACUUAACGAAUCAGCAUCUCAACAAAUGCCUAAACAAAUGAGGGAACUGUUUGCUUAUUUGUGUAUCUUUGUUGUCCCACCUAAUGUCCCACAACUCUUUGAAAAAUACAAACAUGAUCUUUAUGAAGAUUAUUCACGUCAUGAAGGCCACAUCGAUGAUUGCAAAAGUUGUAAAAAUUUUGCAUUAACAGAUAUUCUAAAUGUUCUCAUAUUACAUGGUAAACGUUGUGAAGAUUUUGGACUACCCAAUCCAUCAAACUUCAUUCCAGACAUGCAAUUCAACUAUGUUACACAGUUGGAAGCCCAAGUUGGAGCACAACUUCAAGAAGCACUAAACAUCGAGCAAAAAGCUGCAUUUGACAAUGUAGUGUCUGCUAUUGAUAAUGAAAAUUUACCACACAGAUGUUUUUUUAUUGAUGGACCUGGUGGAAGUGGCAAGACUUUAUAUAAAACACUAUUGAGUACUUUACGUGGACGCACAGAUGGAGUUCUUCCUGUUGCCUCUACAGGAAUAGCAGCUAAUCUCCUUGAUGGUGGCAGAACUUACCAUUCACAGUUUAAGCUUCCAAUUCCAUUACUGGACACAUCAACAUCAAAUAUGAGAAUGACUUCAAAAGAUGCUGAGUUCAUACGUAAUGCUCAAUUGCUUAUUUGGGAUGAGGCCUCAAUGACACCCGGUAUAGCUCUAAAAUGUGUAAAUAAGCUCCUUCAGGAAAUUAUGCAGAACAACAAGCCCUUUGGUGGAAAAGUUAUACUCCUUGGUGGUGACUUCCGACAAACACUCCCAGUUCUUCCUCAUUGCAAUAGAACUGCUAUUGUGGAAGCUACUAUAAAGUUCUAUGAUCACUGGGAUAACUUCAAAAUUUUGAAAUUGCACAAUAAUGUGCGUUCGGUGGAUCCAGAAUUUAGCAAUUGGCUACUACAAUUAGGACAGGUUUUUCAAAAAAGGCCAUUUUGUGUACAAAAAAAUUGUCAUGUUAAUCAAAUCAAUGAGCAUGUAUUAAAUAUACUCGAUGGUGAUGAAAAAAUAUAUCUAAGUUCAGAUUCAAUUGACGAUCAGACAGAUGAAGAUGCUCAAAACUAUCCCAUAGAGUUUCUAAACGAAUUAGCUCCAUCAGGAAUGCCUCUUCAUAAGUUAAAAAUAAAAUUGGGAAGUAUUAUUAUGUUGCUCAGAAAUCUGAACACAAAAAGAGGUCUGUGCAAUGGAACAAGAUUGAUAGUUAAAGAUCUUAAGUCGAAUCUAAUAAUUGCAGAGGUCCUCACAGGAACAGCUCAAAACCAGAUGGUGUUUAUUCCAAGAAUAGAUUUAGCCCCUGCCAACACUGAACUACCAUUCAUUUUACGAAGGAGACAGUUUCCAAUCAAACUUGCCUUUGCAAUGACCAUCAACAAAUCACAAGGUCAAACGUUAGACAAAGUUGGAAUAUUCCUUCCAGAACCAGUAUUCAGUCAUGGACAACUUUAUGUUGCAAUGUCUCGAGUUCGUUCAAAGCAAGGAAAGAUAUUACCAAACAGUGAUAACAUUUUUACAAAAAACAUUGUUUUUAAA